AUGAAGAUCGUUUCAAUGAGUAUUGUGCUUCUCAUGUCAGCAUACUUGACAGAAGCUGCGAAAGAAAUUCAAACGGAUCGAAAGCUGAAACGUGGUGUUGAUUUUUUCGGACCGCCGGGGUUUGACCAAUUUGGUCUUCUCCCGGCGUAUGACUCUCCGUGGGUACCAGGGAGUCCUUUAGGCCCAUGGGUAGGGCCAAUACCAUCCGAUCUUGAACUGCGUCGGGUUCAAACACAAGCCACUCACGACGUAACACUCCAGCUUCUCAGAGAUUCAAUCCCAGGCACUCCCAGCAUAGCGUACACGCCCGAUAUAAUACGAGCUAUCCAGCAGGCUAAAGCCGCGAAUGAGAAUGUUCUACUGGCCCAACAGCGAGUUGCCGAAGUCAAACAAGCUACUAUCAUACAACAGAAGAUUGCACUGGCCAAAGAAGCGGCUGCCCGCGUAGCGGCGGAAAGGUCCGAGGCCAUUUCUGCUCACACACAAGCGGAAGCUCGAGCGAGCGCCCAGCAGCUUGUAGUUCUCCAACAAAAAUUAGCAACGUCGAAGGAUGCUGUGGCUGCAGCACAGCGUCUCGCAGCUGCCCGAGAGGCUGCUGCAGCAGCGGCUAUACAGCGAAAUGCGUCGGAAACUGCUGCCCAACUUCGGAAACAAGACGUGGACAAACAAAUAAGUCAAACUGAACGGGAAGCAAAGAUCCGCGAUCUCGCGGCUGCGAAGCAACAUGCAAUUGCCAAAGCAGUGCACCAUGCUGCAAUCACAAAGCCAGUGCCCCACCAGUAUUCAGUCCAUCAUCCCUGGGCUUAACACAGUUAAUCCACCCGCUAGAAUAAGCGUCUACUAAAUCUGAAAAUCAGGAAAUAAUUAUCAUUACUGGUGAAGGUUUCUGAUUACUAUUUACGAGAAUAUCUCGUCAUUUUUUCCACUUGUUGCAAUAAAUAAUGGUGAUGAAGCAGAAAGGGAAGAUAAAGUAACUCCACAUUUCCACAAAUUAGACUAUCGUAACUAGAUUUGUCAUCCCCUUCAUCCCCACCGAGUUGCCUCGUGUAAGCUCGUGAGACUAGCGCGCAACGUACUGCGCAUAACACACUGGUGAUCAUGCCCUGUCCUGAUUUAAUACUGUAUCGACAA